UUUGUGUUCUGACAUUCAUGGCAUCAUUUUUGGUUUUUGCACAAGCAUAGAUUCUCCGCCUACACAAUUCUAAGUAGCUCUUGCCUUUCUUCUCAAAUCUGUGAAGUGGUUUUAGCUGGGGGAGAGGCGGGAGGCUGGUGAUGGUUGUAUACCGAAGAUUCAGAUCAAGAAACAGAGAGGCCAAAGUGAAAAGACAAUGGUGACUGGGAGCUCGGAAGAUAGAAAAUGGAGUGACAAAAAAAUGGAAGGGGGCGAUGGUUCGAGAACGGUGGAGUCCUUAAGAGGGAGAUUGCUUGCAGAGAGACAAGCUUCAAGGGUAGCUGAAGAAAAUGCGGUUCUUCUGGGCAAGAAGGUACAGUUGAUAGAACUAGAGAAUCAACUUAAACAAGAGACCAAACUGAGAUACAAAGCUGAAAAAAGGUUCCAAGUUUUGAUGAAGAAACUUGAAUCCUUGAACAUUUCCACCAUAUCUGUGGAAUCAGAGCAGUCCAGCUCGUCAGAAAAGGGUGAAAUGUCUUGUACAUCAUCGACUAUUACCUCAGAUUCCAAAAACCAGGAAGAAGAUGAAUCCAAGUCCCAAUUCACAAGCCCAGAAAUCUCAGAAGACCUGGAGCACAAUGCAUCAGAAACUACUUCUACAUCCACUAAAAUUCCUUCAAGUCCUUCCACUGAAAAUGAUUCUGGGUCUCUGGGUACUGCUAAUUCCAAAUCAAACUCCAAUCUCAAUGAUCCUUCCCAGCACAGAUUCAGCUAUAAGUUGAGUACCAGCUGCUCUGAAGAUCCAAACACUGAUAAUCAUAGUUGUUCAAGCUUAAAAUCUUCGAUAGUAGAUAAUGAGAGUGAUCAAGGGGACAAAGUUGAUAACUCAUUGGCAUUAGUUACGGUGAGUUUUCCGGCGACAUCAAAGACCGUUGAGGUGAAGCCACUAAAUCAAAGUGUUCGUGAAGUUCUUGAUGCUCUAAGGCAUGCCAGGGAAAAACUUCAGAGCUCAAUGCAGAGAAGACAUAUGAUUCAAGCUGGCCCAGCUUACACUCACUUCUGCAAGUAGUAAUUAUGUCAAUUUCCUUUCAUAAUAUAAUACUAUGGAAAGAAAGAGACAAGUCAGUAAGAUAUAGUCAUUUGUGUUACUUUUGCAUGGAAACAAACAGAGAACAUGUAAUAUUAUCUAUCAAUCUUGCCGUC